GGACUCCUGAUCCCCAGUGAUCCUGUCACCAUGCCAACUGCUGCCACCCGCACGGCAACCAGGGGUCCUUGGAGAAGCUGAAGUGUGUUUACAUCCCUGGUAGUAAAGAGGACCCAACAGGAGGCAGACAUGGUGGUCCGGUGGAGUCUCCUGCUGGUUUUCAUGUUUCUGGUGAACACUGGACUAGUUACUGGAUGUGUUUGUCCAGCUGCCACCAUUUUGUCCCAGUUUCCCUCCGAGGUUCCUGCUGAUGUCUGUUGCCUGAACUACUCCGGCUCUGCCUUCAGCUCUGUGCGCUGGUCUGUGUUUACCAAUGAAACAAGUGUGGAGACACUGGACCUCUCCAACUGUAACAUCAGCUCUGUUGACAGUAAAGGCAAAGAGGUGUCUUCACUGCAGAGGGUUUUAUUGGCUCAUAAUAGACUGACUGAGUUGCCCCGGGAGUUUCUGGCCAACCAGCCCGGCCUGCUGGAGGUGGAUCUGAGCGGGAAUCUGCUCGAGGAGCUUCCUGAAGGCUUCCUUCAGGCCUCUGAAGGCCUCCAGAAGCUCUACCUGCAGGGGAACCAGCUGCGCGACCUCCCUGGAGCCGUACUGCAGAAACCCAGUCUUCAGAGGCUGGAGCUGGAUGGGAACCGCUGGGACUGCUCCUGUUUGUUACUGGGAGGCGUGGAGGCAGGCGGGCAGGCCAACAGGACCACCAGACUGCAGGAUCUGGUGGGGAACCUGACCUGCUCCUCUCCCCGACACCUGGCCGGCAGGACUGUCUUCUCGGUGAGGCUCAGCGACGUUUGCCGCCCGGCCGGCCUCACGGCGCUCUUCAUCGUGCUGCCCCUCCUCAUCCUCUCUGCCUUGCUGCUCUGCUGGUGCUGCGGGAGGAAGAGGAAGAAGAAAGAAACUCCUGUGUUCAGCAUCUCGAAGAAAAGGGCUCCCAGCUCCAGCUGCAACGGUCAGAAACAUCAACGCCACAAGCAGCUGCCGUCGGCCGCCGAGCCGAGCAAAGACUGCGGCAAAGAGGGCAUCCUGAAGAACCAGCUGCUGCUGCGCCCGGCCUCUGCCCUGCUGGGCAGCACCAGGGACAUCUAUGAAGAGGUGGAGAUCAAACUGGGCUCAGUGGAGUCUCUUCCCAGAGUCUCCUCACGCUGUUCCAGCUCCCAGGAGCCCGACGGGACCAGUAAGACAGAGCUGGACACAGUCAGCGUGACGGAAGUGAUGAAAGACUCAACAGACAGAGAGAAAGCUUACCUGACUCAGUCCACAGAGUACUACAGCCUGGUGCCGGGUAUCGAACUGGACGACUCGGACCACGGAGAGUAUGAGAACGUCGACCUCUCGUGACGUCAUCUUAAAGGAACAGUUUGACAUUUUGGGAAAUGAGCUUGUUUUAGUUCCAAGAAAUCUGUAAUGCUCACUUGUGUAAAAGCAUCACAAUGAUUUAAUAGGUCUUAAAAUUCAACUCCAGAGUUGGUACAGGUUUCUGUAUUUCUGUUUUUCUGUGGACAAGAACCACACAGUCCGGAUUGUUUCAGCCACUGAUUAGCUUUUUUAGAAAUACCUUAAAAAAACACAACAAAAGGGGGUUUUUUUGUACUAAAACUGUGAUUGCUCAUAAAUAAUAUAUUAUAUUCCAUUGUUAAAAAAUAUUUUCAGCAACCAGGGAGAUGUUAGUCAAGCUUGGAAUAAGGAGAAACAGUUAGCUUGGCUCUGUGUUAGGACUAAAUCAUCUGCAUAAAAAAGAUCAUAGUGAUUAUUUUUGAUGCAUGUUGCAAUUUGAGUCACGAUUUUACUGGAAAUUAUAAUUUUUUUCCUUUUUGGAAUUAAUAUUACAUCGACUCAUCAGAAUUUGUAUUUAAGAAAUCAUCUGUGAUUCAGUUUGGACCAAUCAAAAUAACAUUUGCAGAUAUCUCAUAUAUUAUAAAUAGUUCAUCACGCUGCCUCCUGUUGGAUUUUGGUCCAGUGAAGCAUUUGAGCAGCGUCAGCAGAAGUAAUGCUGUUAAAAGAUUGUUAAAAAAUGCUGUGAAAUAGGAGGAACUAAUCAGCGAGGAGUUUGUGGAGAACGAGAGCUUUGAUCGUCAGAGACUUGUGGUCAAAACUAACUAGAACUUUAGCUUCAGGCUGGUCUGAUAUGGUCAUGAACAGCUGGUCAUUUGCAGAUACAGUUCCAGAACCAUAGUAUGUUAAAACUUCAAGUCAUGACAUCUGUAGCUACAUGUUGGCGUGGCAGAAUUCCAGCUUAGGAUAUCCACGUCCGACUAAUUCAGACUUAAUUUAGGAUAUUUAAAAAGAACAAUGCAGACAACUUGAAUUGAGGGGAAUUAUAAGUAUCUGAAUUAGAAUUGCAGACAUCUACUAUUUACAUUUUAGAUACCUGCAGGUAAAUUGUGGAUAUCUGUGGUUAGAACACAUAAAUGGUAAAGGUGACAUCAUUUGUACUAGAAAAAAACAACAGUGUGGAAUAUCUGUAACAUUCUUUUUGACGAUCUAAAACUGAUUUGCUGAUAUCUGCAACACACAUCCAGCAGUUGGCAGUUGUGACCCUUAAAGGUCAGCACUGUUUUCAUUAACCAACAGCAUGAAUUAGUACGUCUAAAUUCACAAACUGUUGUCCCAUCCAUCCAUCCAUCUAUCCAACCAACCAACCAUUUUCUAUACACCGCUUAAUCCU